AAAUGAAAUGUUACCCAGUCAUACUGUAAAAUUAACACCACACAAUAGAAACGUAAACAAACAGCAAAACAGCUGACAAUUUUCACAUGUGCACGUUUUAUGAAUGUAAAUUAAAUAGAAACCAUGAAAGGAGAGUACAGAAUCACACCUCCUGAAGAAGAUGUUAUAAAAGUACAACAUGGAGUGAAAAUAUGGAGAGCCAUCAAUGCCAUUAUGGCAGUCUUCUUCCUAUUAGCUGCCUUAGCUAAUUUAAAUGAUAGUGAUUGGUACAUAUGGGUGCCAGUUUACUCAGUUCCUGGAAUCCUGUCUUUAGUUAGCUGUAUAAAACCAGAUUCUCAAAAUUCAUUAGUGUGGUCCUAUGUGGCAGUUACCUCCCUUGGAUUUUGUAUUGCAUUAGCUUUGUACAUCAUUAUGGUAUCAGCAGAUAUUAAAGGCAUCAACAAUCCUCUUAAGUUUGAAGAAGGACGAGAAUUAUCAGGAUCACUGAUUAUAAUCACAUGGUUAAGCAUGUCUAAAUUCACCAACAUUGGAAGACCUGGUAGUACAGUAAGCAAUAAUGUGUUACGGAAUGUUUUGUUACUGAUUAUAUGUUUAUUAGCAGUGGUACCAGUUAUGAUCUGGUCUGUUUGUUUACAUGAGACAGGAAAAGGCUAUCAUCACUGUGGAGGAAAUACUGAAAUCAAACAUGAACUAUGAACCCUAGCAUAAAUCUGUUCAGAAAUUUUUGUAAUUUAGUGCAAUACAUGAGAUGUCAGCCAGUGCUUGUAUACUCAAAUUGUUUAGGAAUUUCUAAAUGCAGAUUUUCAACUUAAAAUGUUUUUUGAGAAAACAGAAUAUUUCCUUUUUCAUCGUAUUUGUCUUUUUUACUCGAUCACCUUUAUAAUUUUUAAAAAAUCAUGUGAAUGAAAUUUUAGGAUAAUAUUGUUUUUCCUUAAUGUCAAGUGGCAAAUAUAACACAUAGUUUUAUUACAACAACAGUAUCGUAACUAUAUCCCUUCUUUUAAAUAAGUCUGUUUUAUGGUUUGGUUUCACUUUUGAGCUGAAUGCACAGGCACUUGUGUUCUAUCCAUGGCAAAAUCUACUAUCCCUAUAUAUUACAGGGAAAGUAGAUCUUGCCAUGGAUAGAAAACAAGUGCCUGUGGGUCAAUGCCUAAAUUUUUGAGCUUUGUAAAGAAUAUUAUCAUAAAAGAUUGGAUGUGAACGUUUGUGUUGUCUAUUAGUCAGUGUAGCUAUGGCAAGUUGUUGUUUUUGAUAGAUUUUU